AUGAGGAAUAUCUCAAUGGUGGCAGAGUUUAUCCUGCUGGGCAUCCCACACACAGAGGGUCUGGAGACCAUGCUGCUUAUCCUGUUUUUGUCCUUCUAUGUCUUCACCCUUCUGGGGAACUUGCUCAUCCUACUAGCAAUUGUUUCCUCCACUCGGCUUCACACUCCUAUGUACUUCUUCCUGUGCAAGUUGUCCGUUUUUGAUAUAUUUUUCCCUUCUGUGAGUUCCCCCAAGAUGCUGUUCUACCUCUCAGGGAACAGCCGCACCAUCUCCUAUGCUGGCUGUGUGUCCCAGCUCUUCUUCUACCAUUUCCUGGGCUGCACCGAGUGUUUCCUGUACACAGUAAUGGCCUACGACCGCUUUGUUGCCAUAUGUUACCCUCUGCGAUACACGAUCAUCAUGAGUCACAGAGUGUGUGCCAUCCUGGCCACUGGGACCUCAUUGUUUGGCUGUGUUCAGGCCACCUUUCUAACCACUCUCACCUUCCAAUUGCCCUACUGUGGCCCCAAUGAUGUGGACUAUUACUUCUGUGAUAUCCCAGUGAUGCUGAAGCUGGCUUGUGCAGAUACCUCAUCCCUGGAGAUGGUGGGGUUCAUCAGCGUGGGCCUCAUGCCCCUCAGCUGCUUCCUUCUCAUCCUCACCUCCUACAGUCGCAUUGUCUUCUCCAUCCUGAAGAUCCGCUCUGCAGAGGGCCGACGCCGUGCCUUCUCCACCUGCAGCGCCCACCUCACGGCUAUCCUGCUUUUCUACAUGCCAGUGGUCCUCAUCUACCUAAGGCCGACACCAAGUCCCUCACUGGAUGCAACCGUUCAGGUUCUGAAUAACCUGGUGACGCCCAUGCUGAACCCCUUGAUCUACAGCCUUAGGAAUAAAGAGGUGAAAUCAUCCCUAAGGCAGGUCCUGCAUCAGCUGGGCUUUCUUCCUGAGAAGUUGUAA